GCCCGCCGCCGCCCCCAUGGACGGCAGCGGGGGCAGCAGCCGCGCGUAGCUCGGAAGGGAUGCCCCAAACGCUGAGGUCUACCAGCAUGUUUACCCCAUGUGGCUUCAGCCCUCAUCUACAUACUUCAAAAGAAGAUGAACAAGGAGGACUGAUCUUCCAGGAUGGAAACCUUACCUCAGCAUCUCUGGAUGCUCUAAUCCAGCAUCUUAUACCUACCACUGAUUACUACCCUGAAAAAGCCUAUAUCUUUACAUUCCUGCUGAGUUCCAGGCUCUUCAUCGAACCUCACGAGCUUUUGUCACAAGUCUGUCAUAAGUGCAUCGAGCAGCAGCGGCUGGACGACCCAGUGCUGGACAAGGCACGGAUCAGAAAAUUUGGACCUAAAAUCUUACAGUUGCUGACAGAGUGGACGGAAACAUUCCCGUAUGAUUUUCAGGAAGAGCGAAUGAUCAGCCAUCUGAAAGACAUGAUUCACAGAAUAGCCCCAUGUGAUGAGGCCUACUGGAAAAAAAUGAAUCAGCUUUUGCAAACCUUGAAUCAGAAGCUUGCAACCCUCAGCCAUGGGCAAGAAGGGAUUGUCAAGAUCAGUGCUGCUGUCUCUGAUAAGCUGGUUGCCUUUAAAAGCAAACCUCCAUCAAUCCAGAGAGAAAUCCUGAGUGUCUGCAGUGACCCCUACACUCUGGCUCAGCAGCUUACACAUGUGGAGUUGGAAAGGCUAAGUCACAUUGGACCUGAGGAAUUUGUGCAGGCGUUUGUACAUAAAGACCCUUUGGAUGGCACCAAGACUUGUUUCAGUGAACAGAAGAAGACAACUAAUCUUGAGGCCUAUGUGAAAUGGUUCAAUAGACUCUGCUAUCUUGUAGCAACAGAAAUUUGCAUGCCUGCAAAAAAGAAACAGCGAGCACAAGUCAUAGAGUUCUUCAUUGAUGUUGCCCGAGAGUGUUUUAACAUAGGGAAUUUUAAUUCGCUGAUGGCAAUAAUUUCUGGAAUGAACAUGAGUCCAGUUUCCAGGCUAAAGAAGACUUGGUCAAAAGUGAAAACAGCCAAAUUUUUCAUUCUCGAGCACCAGAUGGAUCCUACUGGUAACUUCUAUAACUACAGGACAGCACUGCGGGGGGCUGCUCACAGAUCCCUCACUGCCCACAGCAACAGAGAGAAGAUUGUGAUCCCCUUCUUCAGCCUAUUGAUCAAAGACAUUUAUUUUUUGAAUGAAGGAUGUGCUAAUCGCCUUCCAAAUGGACAUGUCAACUUUGAAAAAUUUCUGGAACUGGCUAAGCAAGUAGGAGAAUUUAUAACCUGGAAGCAAGUGGAAUGUCCCUUUGAACAGGACCCUAACAUCAUCCACUACUUGCAUACUGCUCCCAUUUUUACUGAGGAUGGUUUGUAUCUAGCUUCCUAUGAAAGUGAAAGUCCAGAAAACCAGACUGAAAAAGACAGGUGGAAAUCGUUAAGAUCCACUAUUUUAGGAAAGACUUGAAGACUAAAAGGUUAUUGCAGUAGGUCAAGGAAAAAAUCCGUAAACAUUUUGCACUACUGAUUCCAAAGAUGCCUGUUUGGGAUUUAGAGAAUUUGUUUUGUUUGAGUUUUUGUCGGUUUUUUGACUGCCUAAAAUGACGGAUGAACUGGAUUCAUCCACUGAAAUCAACAGAACUGCAUGCACAACGAUGCUUUUCUAACUAUGAGACAGAGGAAGGACAGACUAUUUGUGGCUGUGCCCAAACUGCAUCAGGAUCACUGUAAGGUUUGCCUCUGAAGGAAAGUCAGAAAACCAGGAGCACGGAGAACAAUGGUACUGUAAAAAACAAUGAAAAAGUAUUUUAAAAAAAGAAAGCAAAAAAUAUACAUGCUUAUUUCAGAAGCAGGUGCUUCAGAUAGCAGCUCUUUAAACCCUCUGAGGAUUAUAAAAUUAAAUCAGACAAAGCAGCAAUCUGGUUAAUUGCUGAAUGAAGAAAGGACUUAAUUUUACAUCAGCAGUCCUCCGGCCUUGUUGAACAAUGCACUGACUGCAACAAGUAUAAGCUUCCAGCGGAUGAACUCAUAUCACUCACUCAUAUAUACGUAUGUGUGUGUGUAUAUAUAUAAUAUAUAUAUAAUAUAUAUAUAAUAUAUAUAUACACAUUACAUAAAGAUCUCAUCAGCAUGGGAGAGUUGUACAAAUCCCAUGAAUUUUUACAGAGAACAAUUUGAAGUGUGACUAUUGCUUAGUUCUUCUUCCCACCACUGUUGUUGCUUUUCUUACUGUGAAUCUUGGCGGAAUUGAGGAGGGCAUAGAGUGCAGAGGGUAUUGCUUAAAGACCCCCUACCACAUCUAAAGCUGAAGAAGAAAAUGGCUCCAGACUCAACUCACCUCUAGUUAAUUUAUGUGGUGUAUUCUCUAAUUUGGUUGAUGCUGAGAUGUGUGUUCUUUAGAGGGCUUUAUCACACUGAAAGAAGAAAUUGCAUUAUCAUGUUAAAAAAAAAAUCCACCAGGUUCCAAUUAAUACAGUCCUGUUUAUUUUGCAACAUGAUGCUAGAGGAUAGGAAGAAAGAGGUAAAUAGCUCUAAAUUUGGGAACUACGUGGUAUGUUUUAAAAAAGACAAAGGAUAUCAUUCUAGAGACCAA